GCCUAUUAUUAUGCAUGUUAUACAAAAUAUGAAUUGAUAGUAACAUAGAAGUUGGCAACCGAUAUGAGAAUGCUCAGCGCUCGGUUAUAUAUCCCCAUUAUGCUGUAUUCUGUACUCUCGUUCCAGUCAUUCAUCCUAUUUCACCCUAGAUAAUUACGCUAUUAUUUCUCUCUUCACUUCAAUUAUUACUUGAACUUUGAUUGUCUAUUUUUCAUCAAUUCAUCCUGGAGUGGACACAUCAAGGUCCCUCUUGGCGCCGCGGCAUCGAACAACCCCUAGAGGAAUCUCACCAACAACAAAACAUAUAUACUCGAAGAAACAUGAACAUGGCUGCAAAAUUGAUCGAACGAAACUUCCACAAUGUUCCGGGAAAGCUCCGCGUGGCAGAGCUGUUUUUUGACGUCCCACUCGACUACAGCAAGCCAAACGAGGGCACUUUAAGACUCUUUGCGCGCAGUGCCCGUCGGCCAAGCAAGCCAGCUGAACCUGAAAGAAACGGAGACAAGCAAUUGCCUUGGAUGGUUUAUCUUCAAGGUGGUCCGGGAAUGGGAUGUCGUGCCCCGCAAGAUUACGCCUGGAUUGGACCCGUUGUCGACAAAGGCUACCAAGUUCUGCUUUUGGAUCAGCGCGGCACCGGACUCAGCUCAACCGUUACCGCGGACACGCUGGCUCGACAGGGAAACGCAAUCAAACAGGCUGAAUACCUGAAGAAAUUUCGAGCAGAUAAUAUUGUUAGUGACUGUGAGGCUAUCCGCCGUUGUCUGACGGCGGACUAUCCCGAGGACAAGCGCAGAUGGAGUGUUAUCGGUCAAAGCUUUGGUGGAUUCUGUGCAGUGACAUAUCUUUCCAUGUUCCCAGAAGGGUUGAAUGAGGCUUUCCUUUGCGGCGGAAUGCCUCCAAAUGUUCACGAACCGGAAUCAGUUUACUCUCGCACUUACGAAAAGGUCACAGAGAGAAACAAAGCCUACUAUGCUAAAUACCCUGAAGAUGCUGCCCGGGUUAAGCAGAUCAUUCAACACCUGCAAGAGAACCAAGUCUCCGUGGCUUCUGGGACACUCACGCCUGCGCGAAUCCAGCAGCUUGGUAUCAUGUUUGGCAUGCAUGGUGGCCUGGAUAGUAUUCAUGAUCUGAUUCUCCGCGCUUCGAACGAUCUGAACAUAUUUGGCUUUUUGACCCGCCCGACUCUUAAUGCUAUCGAUGGAUAUGGUGGCUUUGAUAGUAAUGUCAUCUAUGCUGUCCUUCAUGAGUCCAUCUAUUGCCAGGGACAAGCCUCGAACUGGACAGCAGACAGACAGCGGGCCGAAGAUCCGUACUUCCACGUUGAUCUGAACAAAGAUCAAAUCUACUUCACUGGCGAGAUGAUCUAUAAGGAUAUGUUUGAGUCAUAUACCGAACUCAAGCAACUCAGAGAAGUCGCCGAAAUCCUUGCCUCCACAGAAGACUGGUCUGCACUAUACGACUACAAUCAGCUGGCCAAUAACGAAGUCCCUGUCUACGCGGCUAGUUACGUGGAUGAUAUGUACGUGCAUUUGGAGCACUCGGAUGCCAUGGCCCAGAAAAUCAAUAAUUGCAAGCGGUUCAUCACGAACACUAUGUAUCAUGAUGCUCUGCGAAGCAAAUCGGAUGAGCUUAUGCGUCAGUUAUUUGCUUUGCGGGAUGAUUCGCUUGAUUAAGGGCUUUAUCUGGUGUGCUACACUUGGCGUAUGAAAAUCACAAGAGAAAGGUGAGUAUAUCAGCAAAUCGUGGAAUCAUUCCAGCACUAUAUCCAACCGAAAUAGAACGAAGACGUUUUUAUCGUAAAUCAAUCGCAAAUCAAGGCUAUGGUAACCACCCGACAAAUCUAUUCUAGAAUAUCGCACCCCCAAUAAUGAACAACCUCU